CACUGCGUGUGUAGACAUGGCGGCCUCCAUGGCAGAAGGCUGUAGGGUGUCCCUGAACCUGGCCCGGAGCUUCCGAAUGGCCAGGCCGCGGCUCGCUGCACUCGCGUCUGAUGCCUGCUGUGUCCGCAUGGGCUCGAGCAGGCUUCAGAGCACCGGGCCUUCCCAGCCCGGUGGGUUUAAGCCACCUCCGAAACCUGUCAUGGUGGACCGGCACCGAGCCCCGGACAAACAGAGAAGGUUCCUGAGUCCUGAAUUCAUUCCUCCAAGGGGAAGAACAAACCCUCUGAAAUAUCAGCUAGAAAGAAAAGAUAUGCUGGACAGGAGGAAGGUGCUGGACAUUCCAGAGUUCUAUGUUGGAAGCAUACUGCGUGUCACCACAGCUGACCCAUAUGCCAGUGGGAAAACCAGCCAGUUCCUGGGGAUAUGUAUCCAGCGAUCUGGAAAAGGGCUUGGGGCUACUUUCACCCUUAGGAACACGAUUGAAGGACAAGGUGUGGAGAUUUGCUUUGAACUGUACAAUCCUCGAAUCCACGAGAUCCAAGUGGUGAAGUUAGAGAAGCGGCUGGACGACAGCCUGCUGUAUUUACGAGAUGCCCUCCCCGAGUUCAGCACCUUUGAUGUCAAUAUGAAGCCGGUCCCACAUGAGGCCUGUCAGGAAGUGCCUGUUAACAAGCUGCAAGUUAAAAUGAAGCCCAAGCCGUGGUCCAAACGCUGGGAACGUCCGUACUUCAACAUUAAAGGGAUCAGGUUUGAUCUUGCUUUAACGGAAGAGCAAAUGAAAGAAGCCCAGAAGUGGAGCCAGCCGUGGCUUGAGUUUGAUAUGAUGAGAGAAUAUGACACUUCAAAAAUCGAAGCUGCCUUGUGGGAAGAAAUAGAAGCAUCCAAGAAGUCUUGAUCUUGGGACUGGUGGGAUGGCUCAGCAGAGGACUGGAGUUCAGUUCCCAGCACCCAGUUCUGUAUGUAUGUACACGUGUGUCCAGAGACCAGACGGUAUCAGCUUCUCUGGACUGGAGCACAGCUGCUUAUGACCCACCUGACAUGGGUGCUGACAGCUGAAGUCAGGUCCUCUGGAAGAACAGUGUGUACUUAAGUCACCAGCUGUUUCUCCAGCCCUCCAGUGUUAAAGGUCUUGUUUUGACAGGCUCAUUAGCAGGUAGAAAAGGGUGCUGCUCUACUGUGAAAGCUUCAAGGAGACUGUGGCAGUCUAAGCUGUCAUCCGGUUUCAUUUUCCCCUCAGUUAUGAGUGGAUUCUGCUCAACGGAAGACACCCCAGGGCACCUGGCAGCCCACAGUGUGGACUGGGUGAUGAGCUGUCCAGCAGGAAGUGGUCAGAGCAUAUUUUUUUCACUUUCUGCAUGAAACAAGCCUUUGGGGGUCAAAACAGUCCCUCUGUGGGGGACAGGAGUGUACUUGGUAAUCCAUGCAGCUGAGAACAGGUUGGGAAGCUGGGAUGCAUCACAGAGUCGAGGCUGUCCCACCUGUAACAUCCCAAGAGCCAGUCCGGAUCUUGGUGCCUCCAUCAGUAAGUCUCUCAGUGCCCGACCUGCCCCCUGGAGCCUUUGUCUCGGGCUGGUUUUCUGUUGAGUGCUUUGUGCGGUCCUUGUUUUCAUUUUCCUUGCUAACUCCUUUAGAUGGAACACUACUAGCUUCCAGAGAAGAUGUGCGUGUGCAUUAACCUCCGUGGCAUACAGGGUAUGCCGCUCAUGCUCCUGAGAUCUUUCACUCAUGUGGCCCAUUUACUUUUGAGAGAGACUGUCUGACCUGUACUAUCACUCUGCUUGAGUUUCCUUGUUAGUUGUACUGGUAAUAGUGUUUUAGUGCCAUGCUGGGAAACGCAGUCAUUCUGGUUUCUGCUCCCUGUGUAUGACUUGAAAGUGUGUACUUUUAGUCUUCACAGUAAUGCAAUCAGUGUUGUGCCUUGGUGCAGGUAUAUUUGUAUCCACAUUUUGGGGUGAGCCUUUCAUGCAGUGACUCAUGUUCUGGGAAACUUGGCAUUUGUUGCUGAUUUUCUCUUCUCGUCUUGUCUCCCUGGAACCAUUAUUUGGAGUUUAGAUACCCAGUACCUGUUCCUUCUUUAAGUGUAUACAUGUGUGACUGUGUAUCAGACCCCCUGGAGCUGGAGUUCCAGGUGGCUGUGAGCCGCAUGGUAUAGGUGCUGGGAACUGAACUCUGCUGAGCUUCUCUGGUCUCUGCCUCUGAGGCACAGGUCUCCUCUUCUGAUUUUCCUGAGUCUCUGUUCUAGACUUUCCAGUUAGAUCUGUGACUUGUCUCUGUUUGGGUGUUGUGGGUGGGAGGGCAGAAAAAUGAGAUGGAACUAAGGGUCUUUCAAAUAUCUAGUUCUAUCAAUACUGGUCUGGGGAUCCCCCACUGAGUAACGUGGCCCUAGGUUGUUCACCUGUAUGAUUAUUUCCUGAACCUCUGAGUGUUGACAUUAAAUUUAUGAGUCAGUGUAAGGAGAAUAAAAACUACCCCAAAUUAGUUUUUAAUUCAUGAACAUGGUCUUCUAUCUCUCCACAUUUAGGCCCUUUUAAUGUUUUUCUUGCCAGGUGUGGUAACACAGGCCUGCAAUCCUAGGGCUUGCAGGGUUCCCAAGAUCAAUGUCACUUACACUUCAGAAUGAAAUCCAGUCUCCAAAAAGAAUAAAGCAAAGGAAACCAGCACAGAUGAAGAAUGAAAGUUUCCUGACAUGGCCUCACUGAGUCUGUGAGAUGAGUCACCAGGUGACUGUUGCUGUGCUGUGUCGUCAGUGAGCCGUUUCACAGGACUAGGAGGCAGGACUAAGCACUCUCCAAUGAUGUAGAGCCAGCAUCACAGCGGUGUCUGCUCAGGGUAGACUAGUGAGUGCAUAUCCAUCCAUGUCUAUCUAAAAAAUCCAGAGCCAGAGAACAGCUUCCAAAAAUGCACUUUAACAGUAAAAAAAUAGAAAAUUCAUCUGUAAUAAAGUCUCUGCCAUUUACAUACAAAAACAAACUUUCUGUACACAUACACACAUGCUUUUGUAAUGAGCAGCUGUCUAAAAUGACAACAUUAACAUGAAUUCUCUGAGGAUUCA